AUGAAGAACCGCCGCAGUUCGAAGAAGAAAGGAGGGAAAAAGAAAGACAAGAAGACUGCCGCAGAACCGUUACCAAAACCAGUUUCCCCCAAUUCGUUCAUACCGGUAGAGAUCAAGGCAGUUCUCCAACAAAUGAACUCGGACGCGGCAAUUUGUCGGCAUGGAGGGACAAACAGAAACGAUGCAAUCGAGGAGAUCUGCGCAAAUAGUCCCGAUUGGAUCAGUAUGUCCUUUCAAAUCUCAAAGGAAUUCCAGAAUGAACAUCCUGUCGAUUUGUAUGCUAUGGCAGCUUCACUAUGUCUGAUUCCGCGUGACGGGCCUUAUUGGGAUUUGGCCGGGGAAGUCAUGAAGGCGGCCAUUUUACUUGAAAAAAAUGUCUUUUCCUCAAGCGAUGAUGAUGAAGCAGAAAAACUACUCAAGAUUGGGUGGUGUGUGACCAAGCAUUGCGGUAGCAAGCGCGAUGUCAUUGUGUACUUGGACCAGAAAAUUCCAUGUGAUUGCUUGAAAGAGAUGAAAAAGAAAAUGCUGCAAGAGCCUGAAAUACGCUGCUGUUGCUACUGCCAAAAGUUGGUGACCAAAACAAUGUGGUGCCCGAACUGCGAAAGCUACGAGUACUGUUCCAAGAGAUGCCAGCUUGAACACUGGUCUGUCCACAAUAUACAGUGUGAGUACUUCUGUGGACGAAUUUCUAUGGAAGAUGCGAACCAGAAGUUGGAUGCUGCAAAGAACAAUUUCGAAUAG